AUGGCUUGUAUUGAAAAUGUCCUUGGAGGGCACGCCCCUUCACCCAUAGUGGUAGCUGUGGACAAAAAUGGGAACCGGGAGCUGCGCCACGACAUGCCUCUGCAGUGUCCUAAUUCGAUACCGAAGGAAGAUGGAGAGCCCUGGGGCCACCCUCACAUCCAGCUGAGACCUCCCAUCAAUGUGCUGACCAAUCUGGCAAGAGAGCAGCUGGAGCGUCCUUCUCAGAGAACAGGAUCCUGCAUUCCUGUGGAUAGUUCCAGAGCUCUCAGACACCAGUAUGGGCCACCACCUGCUGUUGCAGAAGAGUCCCUAGCAACAGCAGAAGUAAACAGCUCUGAGGGGUUGGCAGGCUGGAGGCAGAAGGGACAGGAUUCUAUUGUGUCCCAGGAAGUUUCUGGCAGCCCUCCCAGACUGUUAGUAGGAGGCACAAGGGUCAGCACUGGGGGCACUGAGAGAGGUGGCAAUAAUGCAAGGUUAGAUUUGACUUUGCCAAGAGGUAAAGGGUUCUUUUCACCCCGGGGCCCGCAAGUAAGAGGUUCUCCACAUCUCCCCUCCCUCAGAUCAGGGAUACUGAUGGAGGUGCCUCCAGGUAACACGAGAAUGUACAGUAAGGGAAGGCUGGCUCAUGUUUCUUUCCCACUUAGGGGCCCACGGCACCCUGUGGAUAAUUGGCCAAGGCCUAUCCCAUUGUCUUCCGGUAGUCCAGGUUUACCAUCUUGCUCUAUUGCUCAUUGCCUCAUACCUCCUAUACCACCGAGCUUCAAUCCAUUUCUUGCUAUGCCUAUUGCUUUCGCUGCCCCCCCAAUGUUUGGUCCUCUACUGCCUUCUCAUUUUGCCCAUUUCCAUUCUGGGGUAAUGCCGGCUCCUGUAGCCUCAAAGAGAGAGCACAACUAA